UUCAGCUUAAAUGUCAUUUUCUUAUAAGAAUUGAAGUUUGAAUAAAUAGAAAUUUUCUCUAAAGAAUCUGAAAUAAUUUCAAUCAUCCCACAGUGUUUUUUGGAUUUAUAAAUAUCAAAAGAUAAUUUACAAUAUGACUGCUCCUAAAGGAAGUGGAGAUACUAAUAAAGUUAAAGGAGUUGCAUACAAAGAUAAAAGUAAACCUGCCGAUGUCCGUAAGAGCAACAUUAGUGCCGCUAAAGCUGUUAGCGAUGCAGUCAGAACAAGUCUUGGUCCUAGAGGAAUGGAUAAAAUGAUACAAGCAGCUAAUGGUGAGGUGACAAUAACCAAUGAUGGUGCAACCAUUCUUAAACAAAUGAAUGUCAUUCAUCCGGCUGCUAAAAUGCUUGUAGAGCUGUCCAGGGCUCAAGAUGUUGAAGCUGGAGAUGGUACAACUACUGUUGUUGUGAUCGCUGGUGCAUUCCUUGAUGCAGCAGAAAAGUUAUUGGACAGAGGAAUACAUCCAACAGCAAUUUCUGAAUCCUUUCAAAGAGGAGCGGCACAUGCCAUAAAGAUUCUGGAAGAAAUUUCUACUCCUGUUCAACUUGAUAAUAGAGAACAAUUAAUAAAGAGUGCAUCAACAUCAUUGAACUCUAAGGUAGUCUCACAGCAUUCCUCUUUAUUGGCACCAAUAGCUGUAGAUGCUGUCCUAAGGGUUGUUGAUCCUCAUCACGAAAAAGCCGUAAACUUAUCAGAUAUCAAGGUGAUAAAGCAAUUAGGAGGAACAAUUGAUGAUACUGAAUUACUUGAUGGACUUGUAUUUCCUCAAAAAGUGGCAAAUGUGAACGGUCCUAAGCGUGUAGAGAAAGCUAAAAUUGGUUUAAUUCAGUUCUGCAUUUCUCCACCAAAAACUGAUAUGGAUCACAAAGUUAUUGUUUCCGAUUAUGCUGCAAUGGACCGAGUAUUGAAAGAGGAGCGUGCUUAUAUUUUGAACAUCGUUAAGCAAAUCAAGAAGAGUGGAUGUAAUGUGCUGUUGAUCCAAAAAUCGAUCUUGAGAGAUGCUGUUUCUGAACUAGCCAUUCAUUUCUUGGACAAAAUCAAGUGUAUGGUAGUGAAGGAUAUCGAACGUGAAGAUAUCGAGUUUGUUUGUAAGACUUUAGGAUGUAGACCAAUUGCCUCAUUGGAUCAUUUUACCUCUGAAAAUCUAGUGUCGGCUGAUGUAGCCGAAGAAAUGGGUUUCGGCGGUAAUAGAAUGGUAAAAAUAUCAGGUCUACAAAAUCCUGGUAGGACAUUGACUCUGGUUGUUAGGGGAUCGAAUAAGUUGGUGUUGGAGGAAGCCGAUAGGUCGCUUCAUGAUGCCUUGUGUGUGAUUCGUUGUUUGGUCAGGAAGAAGGCUUUGAUUGCUGGCGGUGGAGCUCCUGAAAUUGAACUAGCACUUAAAUUGUCUGCCUUGGCCAAUACUUUGGAAGGAAUCGAUGCCAUAUGUCUUCGUGCUUAUGCCCAAGCCUUGGAAGUUAUACCUUUCACACUGGCUGAAAAUGCCGGAUUGAACCCAAUUCAGACCGUUACAGAACUGAGGAACAGGCAUGCAAAGGGUGAAGUUUCGACUGGAAUAAAUGUCCGAAAAGGCAUAAUCUCUGAUAUAUUGGAUGAAAACGUGGUUCAACCUCUACUCGUGAGCACCAGUGCUAUAUCUCUAGCAACAGAAACAGUUAGAUCUAUCUUGAAAAUAGAUGACAUUGUUAACACAUACAUAUAAGGAGGAAGCAGUUGCAGCCAAAUUUAAUUUAUAUUCAUCAGUUUUUUAACUAAUCUCACUAAGUAUUUCCUUGAUUUUAAUUGAAAUCAGCUUGUAAAUCAAAAUAAAAUAAAAAAUAAAUAAACUA